AUGGCUCAAAUUAUACGUUUAAUCCUUUUAACAUUAUUGGCGGUGAGCACGGUGCAUUCACUAGCUAUUGGUUAUCCUUAUCGCUCAGAAUUAUUGGCAUACGCUCCAGCACGUGGUCAAUUUCCAGUCAGUAGCUUAUUGGCGCAGGGUUAUAUACGUUAUUUAGAUGCCAAUGGUGUGGAACGUUUGGUUAGUUAUACUUAUCCUGAACCAUUACAUGGUGUGAGAAGGCUAAGUUAUGGCAACGAAGAUAUUGUGCAGCCAUUACUGAAGUUCAAUGUUCAAUCUGGUGACGAAAGUGAUGCAACGCGGUUACGAGAUGAACAUUUUCGUAUUUGGUAUGAACAACGCUAUCAGGCACUAAAACUUGAACGUGAAAGAUUACGUGCGGAAGGUAAGAUACCCUCACCUGAUAUGUUAGCUCAAUUGAUCCGCUUAGAGCAAAUACUUUUCGAUUCUAACCAAAUGCCAAAUGUUGAAACACCAGAAGUGAAACUGGCACGUGAGGAACACUUGCGGCUUUGGAAUGAGGCGCGGCUUAAAGUAACACAAAAAGAAGCCGAACAACAGAAAUUACAAACCAUUAAGGAAAAUAAUUCACAAGAGCCUAAUAAAUUGGCCAAUACUGGAGAGUUAAAGACUUAUCAUGAAUUUCCUGCAAUAGUUGGGGAGACUGCGGAGCAGAAGAAAGCACGCGAGGAACAUCUACGUAUUUAUAAUGAACAUCUAUUGCGUAUAAAGCAAUUGGAAGAUGAACGUAAAGCUGCGAUGAAUUUGGUAAAAAUGGUUGAGCCAAUAAAACAAGAGACUGUAAAUGAUGCAGCACAACCAAGUCAGAUUGUGGUGGAAACACCAGAAGUUUCGCUAGCUAAGGCAGAACAUUUUCGUUUGUGGAAUGAAGCAAAAUUACGUGCUGAGAAGGAAAAUAUUGAGCAAUCUAAUGAUCAACAGAACGAAGCAAAUCUUAAAAACUAUGCAACCACGCAGCAAUUCGGGGCCUCACAAAAACCAGUGCAAGAUACACCAGAGGUAAUACGUGCGCGUGAAGAACAUUUGAGACUUGUUAAUGAAGCUAAACUUAAAGCAGCUGUAAUACCCUCUCCAAACACUGACUCACAAUUUGCUUCACUUGUGGGUAACGUACCACUAACUCCUCUUUCUUAUAGCGUACCCCUACUUAAGGGAGAACAAACAAAUAUUCUGCAACAAAAUGAGCAAGUACAGUACACACCAGAAGUAAUACGCGCCAGGGAAGAGCAUUUAAAACUAUUGCAGGAGGCCAAGCUUAAAUCAAACGAAUAUCAGAAGAACGAGCAGAUUGCUAUAGCUGACAACCAGCAUGACUACCGCCCAAUAGCGGAAGCCGAUAAGCUUAGAGCUGUGGAGCAUAUGAAAGAAGAACAAAUGUUCCUUGAAGCUGAACGAUUGCGUGAAGCUGAACGUGUACGCGCUGAGGAAAGGGAACGCAUAGCGCAAGUUAUGCUAGAAUCUGAACGUCAGGAAGAAGAAGAACGUGCCAUGAUUGCAGAGCGUAUACGAUUACAAGAAGAAGAAGCACUUCGUCGUGCAACAGAAAAAGAAGCUGAAUCCAAAAUAUAUCAAACCGAACAGCAAGUGAUUCUGAAAGCAACACAACCGCAACAAAUGGCUGAAGUGCCACAAAACCUGGGUAUAGUUAAGUCUUUAAUACAAUCAGCACCAAAUCUACAGGAUAAUAAAUUACCAUAUAUGGCACCAUUACCAGCACAGCCAGAUGCUGCUAUUGCUUCAGAUAAAUAUAUUCUUGGACAACAAAAACUGGCACUACCUCAGACAACGGGCUAUGUAUUGCUCGCUUCAGCACCUCCAAAUGCAUUCCAUUUAAAGAAUCCAUUUUUGCUCCGCUACACGAAUGCAAUCAAUGGCAUUAAUGUUGUGGCACAGAAACAGCAGUUGAAUAAUAAGCCAUUGGAGAUAAGUCCGCAGCUCUACGAAAAAGCCACAUUGCUACCAGAGAAUCAAAGUGCUGCAAUAAAAAUCAGUUAUGGCGCAGAUAGUGGACUGAGUGAAUUGGAAAAGGCCACUCGUGAACAUUUCCGUGCUCAUGAGAUUGCUUUGGAACAAUUGCGAAUAGCGAAUUUAAGGGAUGCACAAGAGAAGAAUUGUAAUUAA